AUGAUCACCUGGCUAUUCGUAUUAUCCUAUGCUAUAUUGGAUAAAUUACUAUUGGCUGCUUCGACACCUGAGAUCCAACUGGGCAAAACCAGGCUCGUUGGAAGGGAUGUUACAGGGCUACAGCAAGAUUUCUUCGGAGGUAUACCCUUUGCGGAACCUCCUGUUGGAGCCUUACGCUUUCAGCGUCGUAUUUUGAAGACAGACAUUGAUGCCGAUGUAUGUGAUGCCCAGAAUUUUGGACUGCCGUGUUUACAGCGUGGUCUUCCUGCUGAGGCGAUGUCAGAGGAUUGUUUGACCAUCAAUAUCCUUCGGCCGAAGAUGACAACCAAUGUCCUACUACCUGUAAUGUUCUGGACGUAUGGUGGCGGUUUCUUUUCAGGUGCUUCGUCAUCUUUCAAUGGAAGUAAUAUCGUUGCUCAGAGCGUUGCCAGAGGCACCCCCGUCGUCUAUGUGAACCAUAACUACCGGCUAGGGCCACUAGGCUUCCCUCAAGGACCAGAGGCUGAAAGCAGCGGACGACUCAACCUCGGGGCCAAAGAUCAGAUAGCUGCCCUGGAAUGGGUCCAGCAGAACAUCGGGUUAUUCGGCGGUGACAAGAGCAAGGUGAUGGUUUUUGGAGAGAGUGCCGGAGCUAUGUUGACGAAUUUGCUAUUUUUAAUGCCAUCAUUUCCUACCUUGGCUAGAGCCGCUAUUUUCGAGUCUGGUGCUCUAUCUUCCAUCGUAAUUUAUAACGCAUCUACACGAGAACCUGCCUGGGAGAAUUUCGUGGCGGGAACACCAGGCUGCGAGUCUGUGGCUGGCACACAAUCUACCUUUGACUGCCUACUUCAGGCGAACACUUCCGCUAUAUAUCAAGGAUUUUCAGAGUCCUAUGCGCUGGCCAUCGAACGUUAUCCUUUUGUUCCCUCACUUGAUGGGCCUUCAGGUCUUCUUCCGGACCUACCUCCACAUCUCUGGGAAAAUGGAGAGUUCGCCAGACUUCCGUUCAUUUCAGGCACAAACUUAGAUGAAGGACGUCUCCUGGAACGACUUCUCGAGCUUUAUCCCGACAAUCCAUCGGUGGGGUCACUAUAUGGCACAGGAGAAGAAACCUUUGGGUUACCCUCAGGUUUUAAGAGAGUGGCUUCUAUGAGCGGCGACUUGACCUUCGAUGCUCAACGUAGAAUUUGGACACAGACUGCAGCGGGAGCCGGCGCGAAAGCAUAUGGAUAUCAGUUCACGCAGAAUUCGUCGUCGAAUCCCCCUUCUAUGGAGGUAAAUAUCAUUCCUCCAGAACUUGUUCCACACGAAGCAGAACUGGACUUUGUCUACGGAAGUCUGGAACCCUCCAUUGAGCCGGCAUCGUCGAUCCUGUUGGGCGAAACGAUGGUCGAAUACUGGAUUUCUUUUGCCACGAGCUUGGACCCUAACGAUGGCUUAGGGAUAUCUCGCCCAAUCUGGCCGCAGUACACACCCGAGAACGAGGUGCUCUUACAACUGCAUGGUGAAAACAUCACUGUCAUUCCGGAUGACUACCGCAAGGAGCAAAUUGAAUUCCUAAGAGACAACCCCGACGUCUUCAACCGGUAA